AUGGACAAUUCCUCAGGCCUCCUGAAUCCACUGGCUUCCCCGGCCCUCCUGGUCAUGGCUUCAUCCUCAGAAGCGCCCCGGGGCCCCAGUCCCCCUUGCCCACAGCCACAUCCCUUCGGGGUGCCUUUGAACCUGGACAAGCCAGCCCAGGUGCCCUUCCUGGGGACCGGCUACUCCCUCAUGUACUCACCCCCCGAGCACCCAGGCCGAGAGUACCCAUCCCCAUUGCUGCCCCUGACCUUUGGGCCCCCUAGCCUAGAGCAGGCAGCAGUGGGCAUGCUGGGCUAUGGCGCUCUGUACCCUUUCACCCCGUUCCCCCUACCUGAGGAACUGGGCAGCUUCCUGGGAGCCAAGCAGCUCAAGAGCCGGUACCUGGUGCUGGAGAAGGACCUGAAGGAUCAGAGGGAUCAUGGAGAGAGGGAGCCAGGGCCAGGCUUGAAACGACGCGGCUUGGGGCCGGGACUCCUGAGGGGACGUUCCUUCCACAACCACUGCCUAAAUUCCCCCUUCGCUCUAAGGGGACCGGAUUCUGGAUGGGCGGGGGGAGAAGGAAGGGUCAGGAAAGUACACCGUCGCCAUCACUUCGCUCUCAGGCUGCUUUCCUCUGAGAGCGGGCAGCUCAGCGCAGGAGACAAGAAAUUGGAUGGCUUCCCCUGGCGCUGCCCGUUGUGCCAGCAUGAGCUGCUCGGUAGGCACCUAGAGGCGCACCUGCAGUAUGAGAUGGAGGGUCUCACCCGCCUCCUGGACAGGGAGGCAGAACCAGCCUCAGGGGAGGAUGCUCCCGGCCUGUCCCAGGCUUCCCCCGGGGCAGAGGACGGAAGGCCUGCGUCCCCUUACGGUGCUCAGCCGAUCUACGGAGGUGGACACAAAGAGGACAGACAGCAGACCUUCUUACAAGUCAAGUCCAACCGGGAGGCUCGUUUGGGAGCCCGAGUCAGCCGAUGCAAGCGAAUAAGAUCCAGCCUGGAUGAACAGCUGGAGUGCCCACUGCCUAGGGGUUCCAGGGCAGGUGAGGCAGAGGAUGAACUUUCGGAGGGCAGCCGCUGUGGGGACGAUGAGUACCAGGCCCUAGGGAAGAGUUUCCUGGGCAUGAAAGCUGGCAGACUACAGGCCACACCCUGCAGCAGCUCAAGCCGGGACAGCGAUGGGGAUCUGGACUCAGAGGGCGAGGACGACCCCCCAAAGUAUCCUCUCUGCCCACCGGCACCCAAAGAUCCCCUUGGGAGGGAGGAAGGAGCUGGUGGGAAGGCCGACGACCAGGCCCCUCUCUCCUCCCUGGAGAUACUGCAAGCCCGGGUCCAGGAGCUGACCCAUCGGCUGCUCCGCACAGGUGCUUACAAGUGCCACAUCUGCCUGGAUUCCUAUUCCAUGCCCCUGGCCUCCAUCCAGUGCUGGCACAUCCACUGUGAGCUCUGCUGGCUCCGUACUCUGGGCUCCAAGAAGCUAUGUCCUCAGUGUAACACUAUCACCUCCCCUGCGGACCUCCGUCGCGUGUACUUGUGACCUCCUCAGCUCUCCUCAGCCACCUGCAGAGGACACAGGGAGAAGAUGGGGUGCUGGGGAUGGAGGGUGGAAUUCCCCUGCUCCCCUGGCUCUCUCGAACCUACAGGAUGGUGUGUGAAGCCACAGCUGAGAGUUGAUGCCCCAGUGGCUCCUCUCCUUCCUCUGUAAUUCCAGGAUCCCCACGUGUGACAGGUUUUCAGCUUUCCCAUUCCUUCCAUCCCUCCCCUGCUCCAUUUUUGCCAUCCAAUAAAAAGGGUUCAGUGUAGUACA